AAGAAUGUGAGCUACUGGGAGAUGUGGUGCGCCCAACAAGAACAUGGAUUCGACGAGCCAAUAGGGUCUGGCACCAAACAACAAUACCUUAUGGAUAGUAGAGUCACCGUCGCAGAGUUUCAAACAACGAAGGUCUCCUCCCCAGAGGCCUCGCUGUACGGGACUCUUGCAACAUGAACAGUGUCGUAAAGCCUGAUGGAGGGGAAUCGCACCCCCUAGAGGAAUCCCGCUCCCUCGAAGCCAUGUUGAGCGGCACUACAAGCGUCGAGACGUUCUUCCAAACGUUUUGGCAAAGAGCCUGCGGUUACUUUCCCAAUACGUUUCUGGACAGUCCGCCGAAAGCAGAAAGCAUGUCACGCUGUGCUUGGAACAAGGAACGAGUUGAGCAGAAUGCGUAUCACGAACUUGUGCGAAACGGGUGGAGUGUUUUGGUACAGCUUCUGGAAACGAGCCGCAAUCGCCCGGAGCACGACGCCGACCUUUCCCAUCAAUCGAUACCUCUCCUAUUUCGAGACCAAACGACGCUCACUCUUGAAGAGCAAGUCUUGUACGACGACAGUCUUUUUGCUGCGUUUCUGGACGGAUGCUCGGUAGUGACGAAUCAUGCGGAUCGACGAUCCCCCUGGAUCGCGGCGCUCUGCGAGGAUUUGCAAGCAUCUUUUCCCCACGUCUACGCCAACACAUAUUUGACGCCACCUGGUUCCCAAACAGUUCCUGCCCACGCGGACGACCGAGAUGUUUUCGUUAUACAACUCGUCGGUUGCAAAGCUUGGAAGAUUUACCGAAAUAUCCCCGUGCCGUAUCCGUAUAGUCACGAGCAAGUCGGCAAAGGGGAACUGGAGGUGCCCGGCCAAGUUUUGGACGGACCAGUAUUGACCGAUCGAGUACUCGCACCAGGAGAUGUCUUGUAUAUGCCUCGAGGUUACGUGCACGAGGCCCAUGCGGUCGACGGCGGACCCAGUUUCCACGUCACGGUGGCGUUAGCGACGCAGGACUGGACUUUGGCGGGUCUCGUCACCGCCGCUACCGAAGCUUCCUUAACGCAGCAACGCAGCUAUCGCCAGGCCGUGCCUCGGUGUUUUGGGCGACGGUCGUUCGAAUCUAUUGCAGUCGAUGACAAACAAAGUUUACAGAAGCAACUGGAUGACGCGUUUCGGAUACUCCGGGAGAAGAUUACGGUAGAGUCCGUACACAAUAAUCUACGGACCAAGUUUGAUCGUCACAAUCAACGCGCCCUGGAAACUCGUCGUCGACUCGUAUUGGAGGCGUCGCUAAAUGCUCUUUGCGUGGAAAAUACGUUACCUGGAGGUGUGGUGGGAAGGCAGGCCGCGGAUGGAGUCCUUUGGACAACCGCGAUACGAUGCAGCACUGUGGACGAAAGAGCGACCCUACCUAUUUCAGCAAAGCCACGCGGUUUGAACGUACGGGAAGAGUGCUGCGAUUUUAUUAUGGACAUUCUACAACUUGUCAAGCGAAAUUCCGGCAAAGCCUACAGGGUAAGCGAGCUCCGGGCGCUCCUGCCGGCAACCAGUAACGCAAUCGCUGUAUGCGACUUGACAAUUUUGUGCUUCGCGAAACAAUGCGUUGAGUUGGGAGCGUUUUCCGUAGUUCGCAUGUAAUAGCCAAAUAUAUAUUGUGCCCG